AAAAGAUGUUGAUUCUUGACUGUCCUGAAAGGCUCAGUGUUGAGGUUUCCUAGUUCAUGAGUUGUAGCGUUGAAUGUGUUUGAACUGAGUUCAUUUAGUUUCGAAUUGAUUAAUCAAGAGGAUCGAUGUUCUAUUUUAGCAGUAUAUAUAACAUCUGCAACAGUAGAGAAGUUGAUCCUUUCCAGAAUUAAGUAAGACAAUGCGCAUCCCAAAAGUUAAUAGUAUGUAGAUAUGGAUCCAAGAUCACUCCAAGCUUUCCAUGUUACCUGGGAUCGGAUGCUAUGAAAAAGUGGACCAACGACCUAAACUAUUUAUGUUUUCGUUCCUUUUCUCCACCUAUAGUGCUGAAAGAACAAGAAUCAAAGACCAGUCAGUUAGCAGUGCACAUUUUACUAUAAAUAUAAUGGCCUUGAGGUGAAUUUGGAUGUGGAGAUGGCAAUGGAAGCUCCAGGCAUAAGUAAUAAUAAUCCGCGAGCGUUUCAUGUGUCUGGACCUCGCAAAGUUUCUUCCCCGAGUUGGGGAGACCUCAAUUCCAGUUGGACUGAUGGGAAUUAUAAGAGGACAGCCAUAGCCUGCUUCAUACAAGCAGCUUACCUGCUUGAACUUGACAGACAGGAAAAUAAGUCCGAACAAACUGCUCUGGCUUCAAAUUGGUGGUUAACUUUUAAGUACAAGCUGUCCCAAACCUUAGUUGAUGAUAGAGAUGGAUCCAUAUAUGGCGCCAUACUUGAAUGGGAUCUGUCUGCAGGUUCAGCUAGACCCAGUACUGCACCUAGAGCUUUGUUAGUGCUUCGCGGUACUCUACUCAGAAGCCCCACAAUCAGACGAGACAUUGGAGAUGACCUUCGGUUUCUUGCUUGGGAAAGCCUAAAGGGUUCUGUCAGAUUCAAUGGAACGUUGGGAGCACUGAAAUCAAUUACUGAUAAGUAUGGAAGUAACAAUGUGUGCAUUGCAGGUCAUUCCUUGGGGGCAGGUUUUGCCCUCCAAGUGGGAAAAGCACUGGCCAAGCAGGGAAUUUAUGUGGAGACACAUUUGUUUAAUCCACCAUCUGUUUCACUUGCCAUGAGUUUGAAGUAUAUCACUGAAAGAGCUGGUUUUGCCUGGAAGAGGUUCAAAGCAAAGCUUCCUUGCGCAAUUGAAACUGAAGGAAGCAGGGAUGAAAGCAAAAACAAUGUCAGUGAAGUGAACAAAUGGAUGCCUCAUCUAUAUGUGAACACUAAUGACUAUAUCUGUUGCUAUUACACUGACCCUGCUGGAGCAGAAGUGAAGCAUAUAGACAAGGGGACUGCGGGUCAGAUAAACACGCAAGCAGCUGCUGCAAAGUUAUUUGUGAUGUCCAAGGGGAAGCAAAAAUUUCUGGAGGCACAUGGGCUAAACCAAUGGUGGGCUGAUGAUUUGGAGCUCGAGCAGGCUGUUAAUGACAGCAAGCUCAUCAGCAAGCAACUUAAGUCCUUGUAUAGCCUACAGCCUCCACGGCACACACAAGGCAAGCCUCACUUGACUGAAAUUUGGCGUGGUUUUCGUGCACUGUAUGGUAUAUAAGUCAUUUUAAGCACCCCUAAACUGCUUAGCUCUGCUAAAUAAAAAUUUACAGAACCAUUAAUUAAAGACUGCAGGCAAUAUCAGAUGUAUAAAGGGCCUAAAGGCAGUAUAUUUAUUAGGAAUCUGAUCUGAAAUGCUCCACUCUAUGAUGAGAGUUCUGCACUUA